AUGCCGGAAAAUAACGUGGCUGCUGAUCCCUCCGGGGAUCUCGACGCAAAUGCCAUUGAAAAGAACAUAUUCGUCGAUACGACCAACCUUCGAUAUGAAGCGACGCCAAUCGAUCCGGAGAUUGAGAAAAAAGUAUUGAGGAAGAUAGAUUUGUUUCUCAUGCCUGCAAUGGUGAUUGGCUAUGGUUUAGUCUACUAUGAUAAAACCUUCAACUCUCUGUCAUCGAUACCUCCGUCAACCCCCCCUAUAACCGACACUUCUAGACUGAGCUGGGCAACUUCUAUUUUCUAUUUUGGCCAAUUGGUAGGCUCGUAUCCUCUGACAUACAUGCUGCAAUACUUCAACACAAGAUAUGUUCUUGGCCCAACAGUUCUAUUGUGGGGGAUCACAUGUGCCGCCACAGCAGGUGUCACUACUUGGCAAGGCCUUUUUGCACAGAGAUUUUUUCUAGGUUUCGCCGAAUCAAUUAUUCCGACCUGUUUCAUGGUAACAGUCAGUGGUUUUUAUACCCAGUCAGAGCAGGCCCUACGGCAAAGCUGGUGGUGGUCAGGAACUGCCUGGUUCACCAUUAUAGGGAGCGCCAUUAGUUAUGGGUUCGCUCAAGUGGAAGGCUCAUUGCAUCCGUGGCAGUAUGUCUUCAUUCUUGCUGGAGCGUUGACGUUCCUUUUCGGAAUUUGGUGUUUCUUCCUCCCAACUUCGCCUGUUAAUGCAUGGUUCUUGGACCCGGAGGAGCGAAUCGUGGCUACAGAGCGUCUAAGAACUGGUCAAACUGGAUUGAACAACAAGAAAAUCAAAUUAUCACAAGUCAAGGAAUCCGUGUUGGACAUCAAGCUUUGGCUGAUAUGCAUAACGAUGAUCUCUGCAUACACCGUGAACGGUGCGGUAUCCGGCUUUGGCCCACUGAUCGUGUCAACGUUCGGAUAUUCUACCUUGGAAAGCAUUCUCUUCCAAUUUCCCCUGGGUGGUAUAGCAGGAAUAGGAAUUAUUGGCACCGGUUGGCUAUGCUCCAAGUAUCGCAAUAUCAGAGUACUGUCCUUGGUUAUAUGCUGCCUGCCAGUAAUAGCCGGAUUCAUCAUGAUCUGGAAAUCAGAUUGGGGUUACAAACCGGCUGUACCAGUCGCCGGUUAUUCACUGCUUGGGUUUUUCGGCCCCGUUGUGGCUCUCACCAUUUCGCUCGGAGCUGGAAAUGUUGCAGGUAGUACAAAGCGCAGCUUCACGGCAUCGGCUAUAUUUGUGGCUUAUUGCGUGGGCAACAUUAUUGGUCCCCAGUUGAUACGCAGUCAGACUAAGGAUCGGCAUUACCCAGAGCUUUGGACCGGUUUGAUUAUUUGCUACUGCAUCACAAUAACGUCUGCAUCUCUUCUCUAUGUUCUUUGCUCGCGCGAAAAUAAACGUCGGGAGUCGCUUGCUUUGACAGAGUCCGAGCGGGUGCGAUUAGGAUUUGAGGAUUUGACGGACAAAGAAAAUGUUUAUUUCCGAUAUGUGUACUAG